UUAAACUAGUGGGUAUAAGGUAAAGCUUUUAACGAAGUGAAAUAUAAGACAUCAAAAAAUACAAUUCUGUCGAUAUAAUCGUACGUUUUUAAUUCAUUGGCAAAAAAUUUGACGUUUUGAAUACAAUCAUUUGUAUUGGUUUUUAGAACUACUUUGUGAAGGGAAUAACAAAAACUUACCGGGCAAUAACGUGUACGAUUUUGAGCGUUGAAUUCAUCGGUCGACGUCGGCGUUCCCUGUGCAAGAUGCAAGGAAAGAUGACACAGAAGACAUUGCUUGGUCUACUAAUCUGCUUAAGUCUUGUGUAUAUCUGCACUGCUGUGGAGCUUACAUUUGAGCUUCCAGAUAAUGAAAAACAGUGCUUUUAUGAAGACAUCAAAGCUGGAGAAAAAACAACAGUGGAAUUUCAGGUAGUCACUGGUGGCAAUUAUGAUGUGAGCUGUCAGGUGAAGGCACCUGAUGACAGGAUUUUGUACAACAAAGUGAAGGAGCAGUAUGGUGACUACACUUUCACAACAGACAGAGCAGGCACAUACACAGUCUGCUUCAGCAAUGAGUUUUCCAGCUUUUCGCACAAGAUCAUUUACUUGGACUGGCAAGUAGGUGAGGAGAAGCCCCUUCCUGGCAUGGAGGAACAUACCACAGCAUUAACACAGAUGGAAGCGUCCGCCCAGACCGUGCACGAGAACCUGAAUGCUGUCGACGACUACCAGACGCACUACAAGCUGCGCGAGACACAGGGCCGCCGGCGGGCCGAGGAGCUGGGCGAGCGCGUGCUCUACUGGUCGAUCGGCGAGACAGUGGCCAUCCUCGUCAUCACCAUCGGACAGGUGCUCGUGCUCAGGAACUUUUUCGCCGAGAAGAAACCCUCGCAAAUGGGCUAUUCGUCAUUUUAGCGUCCCAUACGCGUGUCGUUUGCUUGUGAUGACGAACGAUCUGCGUGGAGUGGGAUGGACAUGGAUGCGUUUGCGUGGCGUCGUUUGGUUUCGCCCGGUGGCUGGUGUGGUUUGGUUUGGAUGUGUGUGGUAUUGUAGGUCGAUAGUGUUUGGACACCCGGGAUGGCGUUUCGUAGUUUAGUUCAGUGCCAGAACAACAGCCAGCUGCACAGUCUUUCUUUAUGGCGGCCGCACGGCGGGUGGCUGACGGCACUUUGAAGGUUUGGAAUGCGGCGAGGUUUGAAGGACUGGGCUGAACUAUCGUGGUACGGACUGACGCUGCGGGAUGUGACCGCAAUGACCGGGCGUGCUGCGGGGUGUGUUCUUGGGCGUUUCGCAGCAGGCGCUCUGCAUUAUCAUAGUAGAGGCACCACUUCACAAUAUGUUUAAAAGGUCAAAGUUUAUACCUGGUUGUUGUGAGGUGAACUACAGUAAUUUAUUGUUAGUGGUAGUCACUAUAUAAGGAGGCACGGUGGCUUGGCCUGCUAGGAAAUCGAUAAUCGUAGCAACAGUAUUUUGAGUGAGAUGUGUCCAAUUGCAAGCUUGAAAACUGUAGCCUGUUCUCAUACUGGUCUUUGGUCUUGUUCUCCAUUUGGAAAUAAUUAUGAAAGCUGCUUUUCUAACACCAGGCCGUGAAGUGCGCAGACUAUGGAUGGUAAAGAUGCCUUUCCCUUUUGUUUCUGUGCUGCUUUUUUAAAUCAAGCGCAGGUGCGCUCCGUCCAAGCGCAGGUGUGCUCCGUGUGCAGGUGUGUCCUGUAUCUCGUGGAAUAAUGAAGCCUUACCAGCCUCCCCUCUCGCAGUGCUAAGCCUGCUCGGCAUUACAAACUGAUGGGACUAUCUCGUCGCGUGUUAGAUACCACGGGUCUUCGCUUGGUUUGCAAUUUGGCUAUUGCUAUUCAAUGGGUUGUCACAUUAUAUCUGCCAGCUGCGGAGCGAGACGUACUUACCACCCAGCCGCCCUCCAUUAUCACAACUCUGCCCACUGGUCCUGUGAGCGGAAUAAGCUGGUUGGCGACAUCUGCUUACGUUCUUGACCCUACGCAGCGGUCACCAUUGUGGGCAUGAAUAUCGCUGUCUCACAGCCAAUGUACGCGCGCCAUUCAGCUGCAAUCCCAGAGACGCCGUAGAAUGCCUGUGUGAUGGUAUGAUCAGUGCAUACUCCUUUAGUUCAAAUAAGUUGUUAUCGCGUAUGGCUGAGCUUGAUCUGGACGAGGGCAAAUGCAAAGGUAGCUUAAUCGUUGAGUAAAAACACUCUUGAAGAGAACUCGUUGAGUGAAGAACUCGGUAAAUAAAGCAUAUAGGAACUAGGGUGGUACACAA